AUGACCGACAUGCCCAAGCCAGCCCCCGAGGCUCCCCCCAGCGUCACGGCCGUUGAAGACUCUGAACUCAAGGGCAAUCGUGCCGAAAUGAGCCAGAACCAGCAGGAGAAUGCCGUUGGUUACAACGAAUAUCUUGAGGCUCGGGACAUCGAGUUCUCUGACGAAGAGGCGAAAAGACUUCGCUGGAAGCUCGAUCUUGUCAUCCUUCCAAUGUUCUUGAUCACACAAGCUUUGCAAUUCAUGGAUAAGACGUCCCUGAACUAUGCAAACCUGUUUGGUUACCAAGAGGCUCUGGGUCUCAAGGGCAACCAGUUCAAUUAUCUCUCCGCAAUGGUGUAUGCAGGUUACUUCUUCGGCCAGUACCCCUGCGGUUGGCUCAUUGGACGAUAUCCCGCACAAAAGGUCAUGGCUAUCAGUGUUUUCUUCUGGGGUCUGAUGGUUAUUAUCAUGACUCAGAGCAGAGACUACUCUAGCGCAUUGGCAGUUCGAUUCAUUAUGGGUGUUUUCGAGGCGGCUGUUACCCCUGGUCUGACUCUCAUGACCGGCUUCUGGUACACGAGACGCGAGAUUCCUCUCCGUCAGUGUAUCUGGUACUCAUCCCUCGGUUGGGGUGGUAUUGUCGGCUCCUAUAUUUCCAUGGGUGUUUCCAAACUCCCUGUUGAUCUGAAGCCUGAGCGAUGGGAGCUCAUCUUCUUCAUCCUCGGUGGUGCCACUUGCCUCUGGGCAUUUGUCAUCUGGUUCCUCCUCCCCGACUCGCCUUCCAACGCCAAAUUCCUCAACCAUCGCGAGCGUCUGAUUGCUGUUAAGCGUGUCGCCUCCAACGAAACCGGUAUCAAGAACAAGGCAUUCGACAAGAGUCAGGUCAAGCUUGGCUUCAUGGACCCUAAGACUCUUCUACUCUUUACUUCUGUGUUUGCUGCCGCCAUUCCCAACGGUGUUGUCAAUUCUUUCUCUACUGUUAUCAUCCGUGAUAUGGGCUUCAGCACUACCGAGACCACUCAGCUCAAGUCUGUCGGCGAUGCCAUUCAAAUCAUUGGUCUUCUCAUUGGCGGAAGCAUCAUUCUUAAUGUUCCCAACUCUCGGUUGCUUACUGCCACCGUCGCCAACCUGAUCUGCACUAUUUCGGCUGCGUGCAUGGCGUACCUCCCACAAGAAAACACCUGGGGCAGACUUGUGUGUUUCUGGCUGGUUAACGCGCAGUCCGUUGGCUUCACCGUCUCUUUAACAACCAUCUCAUCCAAUAUGGCUGGAUACACCCAUCGCUCCUUGGCUAGCGCUAUGGUCUUUACUGCUUACUGUUGGGGCAACUUCGCUGGACCUUUUGUUGUCAAGAAGUCUCAGGCUCCCCAUUUCACGGGUGCCACCAUUGGUCUCCUGGUUGGAUAUGCGAUCAAACUUUGCUGCCACUUUGCCCUUCUCGUCUACAUGUACCUCAUCAAUCGCCACCGCAACAAGACCUAUGGAGCCCCCAACAAGGAGCGAAGCAAUGAAGCAGGAAUGAGAGACCAGACCGAGUUUGAGAACAAGGACUUCCGAUACGUGCUGUAG